UUGUAGACAUUCUGCUGAGUCUUGGGUUUUAAACUUCCCUUUACCAUGUGUUUGUUUUCCAGAGUAAAUGGCUCCUUCUACGAGAUCUUGCAAGUGGACUUUGGAGUUGACAACAGCAGUGGCCUGGCCGGGGCCCAGCAGAUCACCUGGCAGGUGGAGUACCCAGCAGAGGACUCCACGAGUGAGCUGGUCGUCUCCGAGAUCUUCGUCAGCCAGACCUCCUUUGUGGGCAUCGUCCCACUUGCGAUGGACACAGAGGUUCUGAACACGGCUAUUCUCACCGGAAAGGCUGUUUCGGUCCCGGUCAAGGUCGUGGCGGUUCAAGAGGAUGGUUCCGUGGUGGACGUGUCGGAGGCUGUGGAAUGCAGGUCUGCGGAUGAAGACGUCGUCAAGGUUUCCGAUGGCUGCGAUUCCAUUUUUGUGAACGGAAAGGAGAUGAAGAGCAAAGUGGACACGAUCGUGAACUUCACCCACCAGCACUUCACCUCCCAGUUAGAGGUCACGGUCUGGGCGCCCAGACUCCCACUGCAGGUGGAGAUCUCGGACACAGAGCUGAGCCAGGUCAAAGGAUGGAGGAUCCCGGUGGCCUCCAACCGAAGGCCCACCCGAGACAGCGAGGACGAGGAGGACGAGGAGAAGAAGGGGAGGGGGUGCUCCCUGCAGUACCAGCACGCCCUGGUGCGCGUCCUCACCCAGUUCGUGGCCGAGGCGCCCGACUUGGGUCAGCUGAGCUACAUGCUGGGCCCUGACUGGCAGUUUGACAUCACCGACCUCGUGGUGGACUUCAUGAAGGUGGAAGAGCCGAGAAUCGCUCAGUUACAGGAUGGCAGGACCCUGGUGGGUCGGGAGCCAGGCAUCACCACCGUGCAGGUCCUGUCGCCUCUUUCCGACUCCAUCCUGGCUGAGAAGACGGUGAUUGUCCUGGAUGACCGUGUCACCAUCUCCGACCUGGGGGUGCAGCUGGUGGCUGGCUUGUCUCUUUCCCUGCAGCCUCACAGGGCGGACCGAAGGGCUAUCAUCUCAAAAGUGGCUGCCCAGGAUGUUCUUCAAGCCCCACAGCAGGAAGCAAUAGCCAGUUCUUGGAUUUUGUUCAGUGAUGGAUCGGUGACACCUUUGGACAUUUAUGAUCCCAAGGAUUUUUCCGUUACUGUCUCCUCAUUGGAUGAAAUGGUGGUGUCUGUCCAGGCAAACCUUCAGUCCCAAUGGCCGGUUGUGGUUGCAGAGGGUGAAGGGCAGGGGCCCUUGAUUAAACUGGAAAUGAUGAUCAGUGAACCCUGUCAGAAGACCAAGAGGAAGAGUGUUCUUGCUGUGGGUAAAGGGAACGUCAAGGUCAAAUUUGAACCGAGUAUCGAUGAGCACCAAGGAGGCACCAACGAUAUUGAGGGCAUAAAUCGGGAAUAUAAAGACCACCUCAGUAAUACCAUAGAGCGUGAAGGAAACCAGGAGCGAGCAGUUCAGGAAUGGUUCCAACAUGGCGCCUCUGUUGGCCAAGAGGAAGGUGCCAACAAGAGCACAACCUCCCUGUCUCCCGUGGAAGGAAAGGAUAAGAAGUUGCUCAAGAGUGGGGGUCCAGACACCUUCACAAGCUUCCCCACUCAAGGGAAGUUACCGGAACUCCAUAAUCCGAGCGACCUCACAGUGACCUCCAGGGGGUUGACCGACUUGGAGAUUGGCAUGUAUGCUCUGCUCUGUGUCUUCUGCCUGGCCAUCUUGGUCUUCUUGAUCAACUGUGUGGCAUUUGCUUGGAAAUACAGACACAAAAGAUUUGCUGUGAGCGAGCAAGGCAACAUCCCCCACUCCCACGACUGGGUCUGGCUCGGGAAUGACGUGGAACUUCUGGAGAACCCCGUGGACGUGACCCUCCCGUCGGAGGAGUGCACGACCAUGGUGGACAGGGGGCUGCCGUUCGAGGAGAGGAACUUCCUUCUGAACGGUGGGUCCCAGAAGACUUUCCAUAGUCAGCUGCUCCGACCUUCUGACUAUGUCUACGAGAAAGACCUUAAGAACGAAGCUCUGAGUUCCUCGGGCCCAAAGAGGAAGAGGGUCAAGUUUACUUCCUACACCACCAUCCUCCCGGAGGACGGCGGCCCCUACACCAACUCCAUCCUGUUUGACAGCGAUGACAGCAUCCAGUGGGUCUGCCCAGACAUGGGGCUGGGGGAGUCCCAGGGCUUCAGAGACUACAUGGAGAGGCUGCAAGACCAGAUGUGAACUCCUUUCUCAUGUUUGUAUUCACCUUUAUGCCUUCUGUUUUCUGAACGGUGGAACCGUGAGUUGGAUCAGCAAUAGCGGAUGAGGGAACCAAGCUUCAUUUGUGGAGGUCUGGCGGGGAUCCCUUUCCAACAGGUCCCAGAGAGAGCAAAGGCAGCUGGGUUUCAAGCCAGGCAAUAUCUCCAAAUCGGCCACGUGUAGGUCCGGGAGAAAUCCUAAGACCACAGUUUUUAUCUGCCGCUUGGUACUAGCUCCAUACAAAUCUAAUAAACCUGACCCCACAGACAUUGUUAGUCAUCUCAUGACAAAACGGCCGUGUGGAAUUAGGAAAGACUUAGGUUUGAUUUUUUCUACUCCUAGACCUUUUAAAGCACAGUGGACAUUUCUUGCCCUUGGCCUGAGAUUGGACAUACUCGAAAGAUGCUGAAUGUAGCCGCCCAUAUUUGUUAUGAGCACUGCUCAUUAUUUUUAUAUCUCUUUGCAUCUGCACCUCAUUCCUUUGACCUCUGCAGUUCUUUUUGACACAUGAAGGCAAGAAAUUUCAGUCUUUUCUCUGAGAUCGGUUGGAUUUCCCUAUGAGUUUUAGUCACUGAGAUUUGCCACCCCAUGUUAAAUAACCCACGUUAUUUCCUGGGUGUCUGUGCAGGAUUUCAGGUUCUUUUCCAGUUUUCCGCGUUUCAUCAUCUAAGGGGCAACAUCGAAGAAGCUCAUCCUCACGCCGUCUUUCCUUCUUUUUGUUGUUGAACUUUCUUGUAUCAGAUGGGGACAUGGGAUUUUACUUAAAAAUAUUAUUAUACUGUGAGGGAGGGCCAUCUUCUUGACAGUUUUCUACAUGACGCUUAAAAACUUUGGAACAAAUUUGUGAACCAUGAACUUUUACUUUUAUCUUCUGCUUGUGGGAGUCACAAGGAACUCCUUCCUGGAGUGUACUUCUGAGGGCAAAAAAAAAAAUGUCCUCCCUAUUGUCAUAUUUACACUAAUGCUUUGUGGUCCGCACCAUUUGUUAUCCAAAUGGAAAUCACAGUCUAGAAAUGAUAUGCACAGAAAGGAAAUCGCAUAGGACAUACCUUCAGAUUAAGCUUUUCUUUUGCCAGAACAAAACUUUUGCAAACCGUAAGCGAAAUGAUGUUUCAACUUAGCAAUACGUAGAAAUCGAUCCAUAUGAUAAUCCCUGCCCCCCCUCACACACCAAAUAUAUAUAUAUAUACAUAUGUGUAUCUCCUCAGCCAUGACUCUGGCAGAGAUAAAACCUAUAUGAGGUUUGCAUUGAUGGAGAAAAGCAAUGGGUUCCACCUCCCCCAUGCUCUACCCCCAAUUCAUAAAAUAAAUGACUAUUCCAGAAGCUUGAGAAGCAGUUGUGAUGAAAAACCAUAGCUAUUGGAAAAUCAAAGUGAUGAGAGAGAGAGGGAGGGAAAAACAAAAAAAAGCCUGAUUCCUGCAUAAUGUUUAAAUAAGAAAUGUUUUUCAUAGAACAACAUGCCUGGCCUCAAGCAAAGUAAGUGUUUCAGAUUAGGAAACCGUGACAGCAUAAAGAUGGAAUAGCUGGAAGAACAGACACUGGAUGAGUAUGCCUCCCUCCAAGCUUCUUGAGCCAUUUGUAUCCCAGAGAAAUAGAAAUUUAAAGGCCCAAUGUGGCAAGGUCCUGCAGAAAGCAUGGAAGCAGUUCCUUGAAUGACUGGGCUGUUCAAAAGGGAAGCAUUCAGUGGUUCCCCUAUAGGGUUCUGUGGACAGCAGCAUGACAACCAGCCUCCUCCAGCCAUGACAUGGCAGCCACAGAGUUCCUCAUGUGUCCCCUGCCCACAGGACUACAGUACAUUUAUAAACAGCACUGCCUGACCUCCAGAGGCUGGUGUUCAGUGGCUCUUGUGUCUUAAAUGUGAAUGGAAGUUGGUGAGGUUCCCCCAAUUUUCCUGUUUGACUAGAGAAUGAAGCCAAGAGGCCCAGGCAUCAGCUUCCAAAGGGGUUUGCAAAGAGAUGGCUGACACCCUAUAGGAACAGCCCCUCUGUUAGCCUCUGUUUUUCAAAGCGCUUGAUGGGGAGGUAGCUCGAAACCAACUGUUUGGGGCCAGAGAGCCGUUGAUGCACUAAUUGAUACACAGCUGUCCCUCAGAGCCCAGCUCCUCCUAUAUUUUUCAUUGUUUCUCUCCCUUUGGAUAUUCAGCAUUCCAGACAGAGUGGGGAUUUUAUAUCUGAAAUGGAGGAACCUCACUUGAUAUGGGGGUGAUUCUCACACACACACAGCAGGCUGCCUCCCACGGGUACAAUGAGACUUCCGGUGGGUAUAAUUCAGGAGGGGACAAAGGAAGUCGUGGGGAACCUUAUUAAGGAGCAUACAAGUUAGAGCAUCUCCUGGGAUCUGAGUGUUUGAAGGGAGAUGGAACCAAAUUCAGGAAUCAGGAAUCCCAACAAUCUCAAGGUGCCUGUGGUUUCUCUGCAAGGCGGGGAACUGACCUUUGUCCUGAAAAUGCUUCCUGUGGAUGUUAGAGCCAGGGGAAUGAUGCAGGCUGCAUACCCUCACUUUUGCUGGUCAAUGUUGAGACUCCGUUCAAAAUAGAAACCAAACGGAAGGUUUCAGGAGAGGGGUCCCUUUUACCAUACAACACACACUCAUGUAUAUGUACACUUGCAGGUGUAUACCCACGUGUGUGUGUGAAUAGUAAAGAGCCGGAGAAUUCAGUUUUUAGUGGAAAUCAACAUUGUCAGUUGUUCUCCAAUUUGGCGUAGAUACUAUUCAAGCUUAACAGAAUUCCAUUGAUGUUAUAACCAUGGGUUGCCUCUGCUUGUUUUCCAAUGAUUCAAUAAAAGCAAAGGAACUUAUCUCCAAAAUAUUUAAACUAAGGUGGGGGAAAUGACAUCAAUUAUUAAGCCUCAAAAUACAGUUCCCUGCUUGGGGGGUAAAAGGGGAUGCAUUUGCCUGCAUUUUCCAAGUGCUUAUGGCUGAGCUGGCCAAAAGAUCAUGUUCCCAACCUGAAAGAAACGAUGUCGCUCAAGGUCCCUUCCUCUCCCGUAAGAACAGGAUGCUUGGAUUCCCCCUGAGGCAGACACCAGCAGCCUCUUGAGAGGAAGCCAGGCUGCAAACUCUCUAAGGCAUACAGGGGACAAUUCAGGUGCCCCAUGAAGACCAGGUGACCUACAACACUGGAGGAGGAGAGACCACUGACUCCAGGGGCCAGACCGGCUGCUGUCCAGGCCAGCGUCCAACUAAUCAAGGAGCAACCGCCCCAUGAAAGGACUGGAGUUUAAACACACAAUGUUGCAUUCAAAAGAAAGCAGUAAGAAAAGACACUUGGCGUUUUCCUUGGAAGCUUCUCCCAAAGAGCACGCCAGCUAGCAGACCUCAGAGCACUCCGCGCGAACCAAGAGAGGGAAUCAUUGACUUCCUGGUUAUUCUCUACUGCACACUGACCAGGCUGAGUUCUCAGACUAGAACACUCCAUAAACUGUAGGCAGAGGGUUUUUAUUUAUCAAUGAUGAAUGCAGGGAAAAGUGGAUGCAUUUCUGUCCCAUUGCCACCUCUGUAGACAAAGUAUUUUGUACCUGGUUGAUUUUUUUAAGUUUGAGGAAGUCUGCCUUUGUGUGUCUUUGUCAGCAUUCUCAUCUCACUUUUUUAAAAAGGUGUCUUUCCAAUACUAGGAUCAUGUAAAGUGGGACCACAGUAAAGUGUCUGUCCGUCAGAGAAGAACAUGCAACCCAACUCCACCGAACUCAGCUGGUGGUUUCAUCUGAAUCCUACAUCUGCCAUCGACACCAUUGUUUUUCUACUCUACUCAACUCAACAGUGGCCUCAAUUCUCCCUUCUAGUCUCUGUCAAGGACGUGAUAGAUGGUUUAUCAAUCCAGCCACCAUCUCCUCCCUCAAAAUUAUAUGACCUGUAAUGUACAGCAUAUCACCUGUGAUGUAGAAGAACAGGAUGGGUGGUGGGAAAGUUAUGCUCAAACAUGGAAAGCAGAUAUUUUUGUAUGUAAUAUAGGCAAUCUCCUGAAACACUGAAAGGUGUAUUGGAAUAAAUACAUUUUAAAAUAAAAGCAUGCAAAGCUGUAGCUUUUAAAUGUACAGACAUCCCACUCGGAAAGAUCUAACCUGAUGGUGGAAAAACAUUGGCAUCUGAUGUCGUAAAAUGCGCUGCAUUAGGAAUGCAGCCUUUAGAGGGCGUGGCUCGUGUUGGCAUUGUUGAUGGAAUCUGCCAGAACAUUUUGAUCUUACGCUUCAUUACUUUUGGCAUUUUUUUUUCCUUUUUCUUUUCUUUUCUUUUUUUUUUUCUGGAACUAUUUCAGAAAUAAAGUGACUUCGUUUUCCCACAUAAAGGUAUAUUCUAACCACAGGGUAACUCAUCAUUUUUAACACAAAAAUAAACAUUUAAAUGUU